UUCACACAACUCGCAGGUACCAAAACAAACUCCACGCACAGGCCAGCUGAUUGAGAUCUAUAAAUAGGACACAUCUGCAUUCAUCACUGGCGCUGUGUUGUAGGCCAGGGUAGUGCAGGAUCUAGGUGUCUUUGUGUGUUCCGACCACCAACCAUUCGCUGACCCAGUUCAAGCUGUUGCUGUUGCUUUCAUGCUGUCGUCUUCAGAGAUCGACACUUUUAUACUCGACUCCCUACCCUCAACUCAAUGACUUACUGAUUUUCAGGCAGUAAUGCGAGAGCUGACGUGCCACACCAGCCUCGCCUGCAAUGACUCGGUACAGAUCAGAUUUUACAAAUGGACUCGGCCUCGCCAGGGCCAAAGGGCACCGCCCCAGAAAUACCUGGGUUUUCGUCAAGUGCACAUCGCGGUGAGUGGCGACGGUGAGGAGGAGGGGCGAGGUGGGCGGGAGGGGAGCCCGGGGUCGGAGUGGGGGUCAGCCUCCACGUCGGACUCUCGACACUCCUCUCCUGCCCGCGACGACCCUGAGGUCUCGGCCCAGCCCGCCAUGACGCAGGAGAAAAAGUGGCAAGUGAUCUCCAAAGUGGUUCUGGCCUUGGCCCUGGUAGUGGUCGGCCUCCUCAUUGACCACUUCGGGGAGGUAACCAUCGUUGAGAACAUCCACUCCCACAGUAUCGCAGUGGCCUGUUACACCCUGGCUGGUAUACUGGGACUCCAACUGCUGACCUUUAGGUGACCCCCUCCCCUCCCCUCCAGGGUGUACGUGGAGCAUGUGUGGACAGACAGACAACUGUGUCAGCUGGACAUCCUGGCUGAGGGCUUCGGACGGUGGAACAACGCUGAAUGUCCUUCCUGACUGAGGCUUUGUGUAGACCGCGGCUGUCGGACCAGACUCUCCCAGUGUACAGAGCUGGACAUAGUUUCACCCUUGUCUGUCGCCAACAUCCUUCCACGUGCCCGAGGGUUAGGCCAAGAUUUUCUUCCCCUAAAAGAGAUACAUUUGUUGAACAGAUCUUGCAUUUGUUUCCUUGGAUUUCUUUUCUUUUUUAUACCUCUGUGUUUUUUAUUGUAUUUUUUUGCUGUUUUGGUUGGUUGUUUUUUGUUUUGCAACUUUUUCAUUUCCUAAGUUUGUUCCCGGUCUUGUAUUGUCAUGACUUGUGUUUUCCCAUCAGAGGAGCACGUACAGCCUUACGUCUUACAACGCUACACGGUUCAAGAUGUGCUGUCUCCUCUGAUUGGAAAGUCAGUAAUUGACAUCAGCAUUUCAUGGGGGUUAAACGCUCACCCGUGAAAAAACAGGUCGAUGUAAUUUUAGUUUUAAAAAAGUACUGGUACUGCUUGGAGUGUCACAAAAAACGUGUGUCAUGAUCUAUGUGGAUGUUUGAACAAGCUGUAGCAGUAGCAGAAGUUGCUGAAGAGAAGAAUAAUGAAAAUGCUGAAGCCAUAACAGAACUUUGGAGGUUAGUGAGAGUUGUGAAUUGUGAGUGGUAUUGAUUUUGUCAUUCAGCUUGUCCACUUUGGCUACUGAGAUUCUGAAAAAGCAGUUGUUGUUUUUUUCUCUCCAAAUUUUAUUCUUUAUACUGAGUAACCGUAUAUUGUGUUGUGCAUGUGGUGUUUGAGAAUUUUUAAAGGUCAGAUUUGUUUUGCAUUUUGUCUUCAUUUAUAUGUUCCUCUUUUCUUGUAAUAUUACAAUUUCCUUCUUCUCUUCUAUUUUGGCUGUACAUCUUUCUGAGUACCCUAGUUUGUUUUUGUUUCCAAAAUUGGUGUGUUUUAAAAAGCUUCAAAUGAAAUGUUUUUUGUUUUUAAGUAUGGUAAUUCUAAUGUAGAUAUAGAAUAAUAACAAAAUUGAAAACUGGCAGCAGCUGUAAUAUAUAUAUUAUAUCUGUAUAUUAUUUUUUGAGUUGGUGUCUGGUAAUUUGGAUGGGUUGGACUAAUGAUUCCUACGAUAUAUAGAUGUAGUGUGGAAGUUUCUGGGACCGCUGAGUGGAGAAACGUGUAUGUCCCUUGUCUGGAUGUGGUGACUGGUGGUGCUUUUGUGUGUGUGGAAAAACUGUCUGUCUUUUACUACAAGGAAUAAAACAGAGAAUGUUGUAAAGUGAUUCUUGUGGUACCAGGAGAAAACCUGUCACGUUUCUGUGUGUCAAUUUUACAUUCCCUGUUUUAUUCCUUUUUUUUGGGGGGGGGGUAUGUUCUGUUGUUUUCUGUGAGCAUUUUCCUGUUAUUUCAUUGUGAAAAGCACUUUGGACUGGCUAGAUUCUUGACUUUGGCAUAACCCCUUGGAGGUUUAGGGUUUGGAUCUAAGUUGGGUCCCAAAUUUUUGCGUGUCUUGUCUGGGAUCGUUUUUUUCUCUUGGCCGGAUGCGUGGAGGGAAGAACGGGCUGUUCUGCCUGCCAAAUUCCCAAACCUGUGUCUAGUCAUGAGAGAGGUGUGGGAGGCAGUUCUUGUAAACCAUCGUGUGAGCGUUAACCGUCAGAACAGAGUACUUUUAGCAGGGCGGUGGACUUUGUUCAACUUUACAUGAGUGUUGUUUUAGUCUGUUGCUGGCAUUUUACUUUGCUGGGGAAUUAUGAAUAUUCUAAUUUGAGUGCACUAUGAUGAGAUGCAAUUUUAUGACUGAUUUCUUGUUGUAGUCUUGUAAGGGAUUAAACUUUGUAAAUUAAUUGUUUCUAUAAUUUUGAGUACAGCGGACGUCAGAGUUUAUGUAUCGCCGUACUGAUUAAGAUUUAUCGUUCUGGUAUAGCAAGGUAUUGGCAUUGACUUCAUAUUAUUGUAUUGGAGUAAUUUUCUUCAGUGACACAUAUUUUUAGACCUAAAAAUAUUGAACCUGGCAUUUUCUUGUCUUGAUGAUAAUGUUGUAGAUGGUAUGUAUCGCGAUAUCCGAUAUCGUAUAUAUAUCACGGUGACGUCGUAUAUAUAUAUAUAUACAUCACAGUGGACUCAAGUAGCCCCCAGUCCAGACCUCUCAUCUACAGAUUGUGAUGUCAUGUACAGUGAGAUAAGACGCAAUGUUUGCUCUGUGUAUGUCACUAUUUUCUUUCAAUGGUGCACUUCCAAGAGUCGCAAUACAGUUUUAGCAUUUGCUUUAACGGCAUAAAGUUUUCACGGUAAAGAAUUGUAUUGUUGUAAUGUAUUUAUGGGAUUGAUUCUAUACCCGGUUGACUGACGUAACAGUGAUCGUGAAUGAAAUGACCCUGUUCCCGUGUGUUUUGUUCCCGUGACCGUGUGGCACAUUUGUCACAGAGCGUGAGCGUGUCUGUUUUUGUUAUGACUCACAAGUCACAGUGUUUGUGUAGUUGCUGUGGCGUCACAUGGUUGCUAUGGCGAUGUCAUCUAGUUCCUGUGACGUCACAUAGUUCCUGCGGUGAUUUGUGAGGCAGGGCGCGGUGAGCUGAGGCCACAAACUGAUGGGGUUGUGCCAGGUUUCCUGCCCUGGGCCGCCCGAGUACCCGUGUGCCAAAUAGAUGUGUGCCAAUCUCUGUUCACACAAACAAGACCGCUUUGCACGGAUUGGAUUUUUAUGCAUUAUAUAAAUAAUAUUAAUAUGUGCUGGCAUUUUCAAUUGAUCUGUGUUUUGUUUAACUGUCUCAAGUCUGCUGUAUAGUCCUGGCCAAUGUGCAGGAUUUUGCUGUACAUGUAACAUGUAUUAUAAGUGUAAGUAAAUCAUACUGAUGAUUUGUAAAGUUGUACAUCUUUUAGACUACAGGACAGUGAACCGUGUGGAUUUGAAUGUCAAGACUUGCAUUUCUAUUAUUAGCUUGUUGUGCAUACAUAUACAUAACAUGCAUAAUUCGCCUGUGCUUCAUGUACAUACGUAUGUUCAGAUUUUGAAUUUGAACAGAAGUUUUUCGGAGUUGUCACCAUCCUUGAUGUAGAUGAAAUGUCUUUCUUAUGUCGCUCUGUACGUGUCCAACACGCUCUACUGGCCGUCCCUACAGUCUGAGCACAUCUAGGCAAAAGGUGGAUUUUCAAGAAGUAGGCCACAGUUUUCUGGGCGACCCAGCUACCUGGCUGUACCUUGUCAGGGGGGCGAGUCACAUUCUGAGCUCUCUCCCCGUAAAUGUCCUGCCAGUUCCCCUCUGCAUCUUCAGACAAAGACCCAUACCUUGGUUAGGUCUUUCAUCAUGUUCCAACAGAACAGAUGUCUGUCAGAUGUGCUUCAGGUAGGAAGGGGCCUGGCAAGAAAGGGACGCCAUGUCAUACAUAUAACAUCAGGAUUAAAUGAAAGUUGUGUUCCUGGGUCAGUCAGUGAGUAGACUUGAGUGGCAAAUGUUGAUGAGAGUCGAGAGAUCAGCUUUUUGUAUUGUCUGAACAGGGUGGAGUUGUGUAUCGUUCAACUGUAAAUGUAAUAGCCUGUACCAUACUGUGAACGUGCUAUGGAUCAAGUAGAUCUAGGUUUUCAAAAACUGAUAGUUUCAAAAGUUGAUCACUCUGUCAUGUGUCCAGUAUGGCGUGUCUUGUAAUGGUAAAUGAAAAGUUGAUUUUACGCCCUCAUCGACACAGUUGAGAUCAUUUAGGAGGCAGGCCACAUCCCGGCCUGAGAGGGUUAGUGCAACAUCUCCACGGAGAGACAAAGACGCUCCAUAAAAAUUCCUCCCCCCAAGGAAUCAAACUUGGGUCUCCUGCAUGCGAUGUAGAAAAGCGUUAAACGGUUCACCACAGACGCGGGACCCAGUAGGGCAUAGAGCUCACACAAACAUACACAUUAUAUGGGAGUGUUCUAUGCUACAUGAUGAGUGGCAAGAACUUUACACUCCGGGGAAAAAAGAAAAAGGUACCAUACGCACAAUGUUUGAACGUGUCUCGUGAAGUUUGUGUGUUUGCUAGGUGCUCGGCAGUACUGGCGCGAGUGUGUUCGUUUGUGUGUCUGUGUGUGUGUGUGUCUGUCACUUUGUGGAGAACAUACCGGUACAUACACCCCCUCUAUCAAUCUUGUAAAUCCAAAGCUUGGUACCCCAAUGUGUGCUGCAAAGUUGUGAAAUAAUUGUGAUUGUUCCAAUAACUGUUUGUACAUGAUGUACUUUGUAUGAGAGAGUUUUUUUUACAGUAGUAGCCUACAAUGUUACUGUAAACCCUCUCUGGUAGGAUGACACAGAUCUUCUGGUAUACGUGUAUAAUAAUGUAUAAUGUCUGCAAUAAUUCUGAUGAGAGAACUGAGGCAUGCGUGAGAGAAGGGAUGUUACUUCUGCAAUGACUGUCUUCUCUAUUGCUCUGUGGUGUGCAAUAAACUGAACUGACGAAUUGACCAUGUCCAAUGUGUACAAUAAAAUGGAGUUACAACUCAA